GCCCCUCUUCUCCCGGCACUCUCGCUCUCGUGCCCCGCCCCGAGGUAAAGGGAGACUCGGAGAAGAUGGUGCUCACCACGGUCCUCCUGCUGCUGGCCGCCUAUGUGGGACCAGCCCAGGGCCUGGGCUCUUUCAUACACUGCGAGCCCUGCGAUGAGAAAGCGCUCUCCAUGUGUCGCCCCAGCCCCCUGGGCUGCGAGCUGGUCAAGGAGCCCGGCUGCGGCUGCUGCAUAACUUGCGCCCUGGCCGAGGGGCAAUCCUGCGGCGUCUACACCGAGCGCUGCGCGCAGGGCUUGCGCUGCCUCCCUCGGCAGGAUGAAGAGAAGCCGCUGCACGCCCUGCUGCACGGCCGCGGGGUUUGCCUCAACGAAAAGAGGUACCGUGAGCAAGCCAAGAUCCAGAGAGACUCUCGCGAGCAUGAGGAACCCACCACAUCCAAGAUGGCUGAAGAGACUUACUCGCCCAAGAUCUUCCGCCCCAAGCACACCCGCAUCUCCGAGCUGAAGGCCGAGGCCGUGAAGAAGGACCGCAGGAAGAAGCUGUCCCAGUCCAAGUUUGUGGGGGGCGCUGAGAACACUGCCCACCCCCGGGUCAUCACUGCACCUGAGAUGAGACAGGAAUCGGAGCAGGGCCCGGGCCGCAGACACAUGGAGGCUUUUCUGCAGGAGCUCAAAGCCAGCCCACACAUGGUGCCCCGCGCUGUGUACCUGCCCAACUGUGACCACAAAGGAUUCUACAAGAGAAAGCAGUGCAAGCCUUCCCGUGGCCGCAAACGUGGCAUCUGCUGGUGCGUGGACAAGUACGGCAUGAAGCUGCCAGGCAUGGAGUACAUCGACGGGGACUUUCAGUGCCACACCUUUGACAGCAGCAACGUGGAGUGACGCGCCCUUCCCCCUGCUUCCCCCUCCCACCCCCGCCCCAACUCCAGCCAGCGCCUUCCUCCUCCCCAGGACGCCACUCAUUUCAUCUCAUUUAAGGGAAAAAAAACAUAUAUAUUAUUAUUAUUAUUAUAUAUUUGAGGAAACUGAGAACCUCGGAAUCUCCAGCAAGGGCUCAACUUUAGAAAUGGCAACAACAGAGAUGCAAAAAAAUAGAGACCCC